AUGCCAGGAAUGGUCAGUAAAAACCCAGACCUCGAGUUCGACUCUUUGCAGCCCUGUUUCUACCCGGACGAAGAUGAUUUUUAUUUGUGCGGGCCGGACUCCGCUCCCCCCGGGGAGGACAUCUGGAAAAAGUUUGAGCUGCUGCCCACCCCUCCCCUGUCCCCCAGCCGGGCCGGGCUCCAGGAGCACCCCCCGGGGGGGGCCCCGGUGCCGUGGGGAGGGGCGGACCAUCGCCAUAAACCUGGUGAUCUGCUCCGGGUUUCGAAGCCUGCUGUCCCUUUAAUGUCUGGUUUGACAGCGUUGGAUGAUGAAGAUGAGGAAGAAGAGGAUGAAGAAGAAGAAAUAGAUGUUGUGACAGUGGAGAAAAGACGCUCCUCCUCCAACAAGGCUGUUACCACCCUUACUAUUACAGUGCGUCCUAAAAAUGCCGCUUUUCCGUCAGUCAGGACACAGCAGAAUGAACUGAUUUUAAAGCGCUGCGCACCAAUUCACCAGCAGCAUAAUUAUGCCGCUCCUUCUCCAUACAUGGAGAGUGAAGAUGCUCCACCGCAGAAAAAGUUAAAAACCGAGGUGCCCCGUCCAGUAAAACCCACGAUCCAACCAAAGUCUAAGAGUUCAAGUCCUCGAAACUCUGAUUCAGAGGAUAGCGAACGUCGACGCAACCAUAAUAUCCUGGAGCGUCAACGGCGUAAUGAUCUACGGUCAAGUUUCCUCACACUAAGGGACCAUGUUCCAGAACUGGUUAAAAAUGAAAAAGCUGCAAAAGUUGUGAUCUUGAAAAAAGCCACUGAAUAUGUUCAUUCCCUUCAGGCAGAAGAGCAGAAGCUAUUGCUAGAAAAGGAAAAAUUGCAAGCCAGACAACAACAAUUGCUAAAGAAAAUAGAAUACAAGCGGACUUGCUAA